AUGGGUAUCAAAUCGGUUCUCAGCGUCCUUGCUGCCAUCGCCGCCGUCAAUGCUGGCGUAUGCCCAGCUCAGAAACCUGUCGACGGGAUUCCUGGCUGGGCUGGAAGUGGUGCUGUGGACAACGGCCCAGCCAAAGCCUAUGGCAACCUUCCAGCAUCUCAACCCUCCGGCGGCGCCGCUGCGCCCAAUUCGCCUGCGCAGCCACCCGAUGCAUCUCUGUCGACCUCAGAGGACGCUAAGAACAACCCGAAUGCGCCCAACUCUGCUGAGCAUCGUGGCAACUGGGCUGCUGGGUUCGAUAUCAACACUGAUUACACUCAGAAAUGGCCCACAGGCAAGACCGUUCAGGCAACGUUCACCAUCACGAACUCGAGCUAUGCUCCUGACGGUGGAGCCCCACAGGAAAUGUUUCUGAUCAACGGUCAAUACCCUGGGCCACUUUUGGAAGGCAAUUGGGGAGAUAUCUUCGAGGUCACCGUCAUCAACCAGCUUCAGAACAACGGCACGGGUAUUCACUGGCAUGGCUUCCGCCAACUUGGCAAUAACGUCAAUGAUGGUGUCAGUGGCGUUACCGAGUGCCCCAUUCCUCCUGGAGGUGAGAAGGUCUAUCGCUUCCAGGCGACCGGCUAUGUAUGGCAACGGUGUCAUUGGACCAUUGUUGUCCAUGGUCCUGCAUCCGCCAAUUACGACAUCGACCUUGGCUCGGUCAUGAUGAACGAGAUCUACGAGGGCCAGACCAUCUUCCAAGUUGAACACGCAGUCGCUCGUACUGGGCCAGCGAACGCGACCAAUUACCUUGUCAACGGCAAGAACAUCAAGCCAGACCUGUCAUCAGGCGAGAGAGAACAGUUCAAGUUCACUCCAGGCAAGAAGCACCUCAUGCGUUUCGUCAACACUGCCGUCGACAGCCACUUCAAGGUUCAACUUGAUGGUCACAAGCUCCUCGUCAUUGCCAAUGACAAUGUUCCGAUCACACCCUACUACACAACUGAGGUCUCUAUUGGCAUUGGCGAGCGUUACGACAUUGUCAUCGAAGCUGAUCAGGAUGCCUCCGCCUACUAUCUGAGGACCAUCCCUACGCCAGGAUGCUCUCUCAAUGCCAACAAUGGUCUUGGUAGCGCAUGCGCCGUUGUGGUUUAUGACGGGUCCAGCGCAUCGCUGCCAACCAGCAGCGCUCCAGCUACUAUCAUCGUGCCCGUCUGCAAUGAUGAGCCACUCGCGAACCUUAUUCCCAUCGUCGAGGCUUCAGUCGACGGUAGUGACUUCGCCAAGCAGUUUGCUCCUCUGCCUGUCGGCCUCCGCACCGCUACACUCGCUUCCAACGAACAAGUCUUCCUCUGGUACCUCAAUGGCGUCAGCCAAAGCGUUGACUGGUCCCGCCCGACCGUCAGAGAGGUGUCCGGCAACGUCGCCAUUGCCGACGCUGGUGCCAACCUACCUUCCAUGCUGCCAGCAGAAUGGUCCCUCAUCUCACUGCCAAAUAAGGCCCAGUGGUAUUUCUGGGUCAUUCAAAACCAGUUCUUCGCCCCCCACCCAAUGCACUUGCACGGUCAUGACUUCGCCGUCCUCGGACAGGGCAAUGGUAACUUCAACCCAGACAACGAUAUGGACAGCCUCAAUUUCAAGAACCCUACUCGUCGCGACUCGGUCAUGCUGCUCGGCAGCGGUUGGACAGUCAUUGCCUUCCAGGCUGACAAUCCAGGUUCUUGGCUUAUGCACUGCCACAUCGCUUUCCACGUCUCUCAGGGUCUCAGCUUGGAAUUCGUCGAACUGCCAGAUCAGAUGCCAAGCAUUUAUGGUUCCCAGUGCGGGGAGGGGACUGCGUUCGAUGAUCAGUGCUCAGCCUGGGGCAGCUACGAUCAGUCGGCGGUCUAUCCCAAGAGUGACUCUGGCUUGAAGAGACGUGGCUGGGGCCAGAAUGAACACAUGAAGGAGGCGAGAAACAUGGAUGCGAAGAAAAUGCACAUGUUGAACGACCAGAUGGUGAAGCGUGCUCUGAUGUAG